GUAGAGACUGGUCCUCUUCAUCAACCAUGGAAACACUCUCCACCUUCUAUUUUAAAAAAAAAAAAAAAAUUCCAAAACACUCAAUUUUCUCUUUUUCUUUUGCCUCUUCUGUGUAAAAUCUAAGAUCAUUUAUAAGAAAGGAAGACUUCAUUGUCACCCACUCACCUAACAAAGAGCAAUCAGAAAAGGAAAAAAAAAGGGGGCGAAAAUGAUGAAGAAAGGAAAGGGAAUUUUAAUCCCUAAUUUGAAGCUCUCUCUUUCUCCUCCUGCACCUGACAAUUCCUUCGCUAAAUUCUUAACACAAAGUGGUACGUUCAAAGACGGUGAUCUCCUCAUCAACAAGGACGGAAUUCGAAUUCUCUCUCAAUCCGAGCAUGAACUUCCUUCGCUAAUUAAGCCAUCAGAAGCUGAAUCUGACAAUCGGUUGAAUUUGGAAGAUAUGGAUACGAUUAAAGUUGUUGGAAAAGGUAAUGGUGGAAUUGUGCAAUUGGUCCAACACAAAUGGACUCUCCAGUUCUUUGCAUUAAAGGUUAUUCAAAUGAACAUCGAGGAGUCGGCUCGCAAGCAGAUAGCAAAAGAACUGAAAAUAAACCAAUCCUCUCAGUGUCCAUAUGUUGUUGUUUGUUACAAGUCUUUCUUUAACAACGGUGCCAUUUCGAUCAUCUUGGAGUAUAUGGAUGGAGGAUCCUUAGCAGAUUUUCUGAAAAAGGUUAAAUCCAUUCCCGAACCGUAUCUUGCUGCAAUAUGUAAGCAGGUGCUCCAGGGCUUGAUCUAUCUUCAUCACGAAAAACACAUUAUCCAUCGCGACUUAAAGCCGUCUAACCUGUUAAUAAAUCAUAGAGGAGAAGUCAAGAUUACUGACUUUGGUGUUAGUGCAAUAAUGACAAGCACCUCGGGACUAGCAAGCACUUUUGUUGGAACGUACAACUAUAUGUCGCCUGAGAGAAUUAUUGGUGGUAAUUAUGGCAAUAAAAGUGAUAUUUGGAGCUUGGGGCUAGUGUUGCUUGAGUGUGCAACUGGUGAGUUCCCGUAUUCCCCACCCGACCAGGCGGAAGGAUGGACAAAUUUUUAUGAGCUCAUGGAACAAAUUGUUCAACAACCACCACCUUCUGCACCUUCAAAUAAUUUUUCUCCCGAGUUUUGCUCGUUUAUUUCUGCAUGUGUACGAAAGGACCCGAAAGAAAGAAAGUCGGCACCCGAAUUGCUGGCACUUCCAUUCUUGAACAUGUACAAUGACUUGGACGUGGACCUCUCGUCUUACUUCAACAACUCCGGAUCGCCACUCGCACAACUUUAGAACUUAAGUGGGUUCAGGCUCCAGAAAUAGCCGAUCGGACUUGAAAGAAUGUCAACAAAACCCAAAGUUUUAGAACUACAGACGAUUUUUAGUUCUCGUUGUCACUAAAGUGCAGGACUUAUUCGAGCAGCCGUCAUGAUGGCAAGGCCCGAAAUUAAGCAUCAAAGAAAAUAAAAAAAGUUCCACUGCCAGAUGAGUCGAAUAUCGGAUCGGAGGUACAACUUAUUGCUGUGUGUUAAUAUUCCCAUAUUUGAAAGAUAAUGUUGUGUGUUAGCCAUAUUCUGGUUGAUUCUUGGAUGAAGAAUAAAUUUGACAAUCUUUGUAGCAACAAUGUGUAUGGAUGUAUUGUUAGGACGUAGGGUUUUAACCUCAAAGAGCUGCUUGACUGCAAAACAUGUAAAAAUCAUCAAAUCCAUGGUAUUAUAUGCCAAUCAACUUUGCCUUUUCUUCUA